AUGAACCCUGAAGAGCGCCUUGGCUGUACACCCAACUCCAGCUUUGCUGAUAUCGUAGCCCAGCCAUUCUUCCGACCACUCGACUUCGCUGCCUUAGAGGCCAAACAGGUACCACCGCCUUAUCGUCCCGAAGCUCCUGCAGACCCACGCGACCUCGUUCACUUUGACCCAACCUUUACGAACGAGCCUGUCUGCUUUAGCCCAGAUAACCCCAGUUGGCCGCAUCGACCAGUCAGAAUUCGAGGGUUUCGAAUAUGUGAACCCGCUACUAAUGUCCCAGGAGGAGAGUGUAUGAUGCCGCCCAUCAUGCACAUGGACCUCGAGCAGCCUCUCUCGACCCGUACAGCCCAUGCGCGCCCCGCCACCCGGAUAUACGAGUCCUCACUUCUUAAAUUGACUCUUUCCAACUAUCAUGGCAAGCUAACCGGCAACAAAAAGGUGCCCAUGUUCAUUCGCACCGCCGACCAAAAGUAUCGGCCACGCUCAGAUGAACUUCAUCUUCAUUCCCACAAUGUUCGUCAUCUGCCUGACUGA